AUGGUAUCCCGUGCUUCGAUUCUAGCGAGUACUCGAGUGGUUCCGCUGUCUGUGGCCUCGUUCACCUUCUCCACAGUCUCCCCAGGCGCAAGUAUCCGAGAUGCAGUGGCCAUCCGAGACGCCGUCGUCUCCAAGUUCUACAUCGACCUCCUUCCACGCCCAGAACACAAGCGCCUUCGCCACUACAGCAGCCAGCUACAACUCAAUCUCCAAUGGAAAUUGGCAGCCAGGAUCCAGCUCCAAGUGUUCCGCAACUCCAUCGCCUGCGUCGUCACUGCAGUGUGCGUGAACGGCUGCUACUACGCAGGGAACAUCUUCUCCCUCAAGCCUUCCGCCGAGCAAUCGCGGCCGGAAUUCCUCAUGGCGUUACUGGUGUGGACAGCGCUGAUCCACAGCGCCAAUAUGACGGUCGCCUACAUCCCUAUGCUGGCCAGCCAGCGCUUCCUCGAGUCCCCGAACAGCAAACCAGCGUUCACCACUGGCGUUUCACUCGCUGGGAACAGAAUCUACUACGAAGAAACGUGCCAAGGGAGAGACCAACGCAGCGCCAUGAGCGAAGUGUCCGUGCGAAGGCUGUCUACCAACCCGCAGUAUCGACGUCGACCUCCCUUACGAAAACCCCGAAACUACGGCGUAUCGAGCUUCUGGCGAGAGUAUGUUAUGAAGUCCCCGACGGUUCUGCGUAUCGCGCUGGCUGGGAGAUUUGUACACAUUGUGGCGUGGUACAGAGUGCUGGAUCGAGGCACGGGGGUCGUCAUGGGCUUCACGAUGCUUGGUAUCGUCGUCAAGCUCGGACUUCAAGAGGCUGCGAGGCACUACAUCCUCUCAACGCGGAUUCGCAGUAUCCACACCAUGUGCAUCCUCGUUGGCGUCCCCACUGUGCUCAUCGAUACCCAGUCACGAAUAGUGCUGCUGGGCACUCAAACCAAUACGAUCCUCGUCUCCGGAACCUUCGCGAUGGUGGCGGCGGAGAUUUGCCUGCGAGUUGGGAAAGCAGCGUACGUGGCGUGGAAGAUCCGACGUCGUGCUGCUGCGUUAGAGAUCACACUAUCGAGUCUUAGCGGAAACUCCGGGCGUAGAGAGUCCUCGCAGUUGUCGCUGAAGAUGGAGUUUGAGUUGUGGAGGAGGCAGGUGCUGUCCUACCACACCGCAGAGGUGACGGCCGAAAUGUACGCCGAGUACAUCGCCAUCGCGUGCUCCCAGUCGAUUAUUUUCUGGUUCGCAGGGCAUCCGUUUUACCCGGCGCUGCAACUGGAAGCAGGGAGCGGGUUGUCGGAGAUUGACGUCGCGAGGUGGCGGUUCAACCAGGUGGCCAUGCUGGGGUUCCAGUUCGUCGUGGAGAUCUUCGUGGACUACUUGUGCGUGGUCUUGGAGAUGGCGGCAGGCAUCGACUUCGACCGCAUUGGCAGUCUCAGUACGUUCUUGGGCAUGCUGUUCAUGACGAUGGCUGCUAUCAACAUCAACAUUUCAAGUGUAGUGUAUCUGAGCUGA